AUGGAUGUGGAUUGCUUCAUUUAUUCGCAAAUCGAAGAACAGCUACAAAAAGAUAAGCAGUUGUUGCGUGCGACACAUCGACUCUUGUUGUUAGGUGCGGGUGAAUCUGGUAAAAGUACAAUUGUUAAACAGAUGCGUAUUCUUCAUAUAAAUGGUUUCAAUGAGAAGGAAAAAAAGGAAAAAAUGACUGAUAUACGUAGGAAUGUCCGAGAUUCUAUAGAGGUAAUAUUAAGAGCAAUGAGUGAAAUUGAUCCACCUGUGCAACUGGAUAAUCCAUCUAAUCAACCUAGUAAAGAAUAUUUAUUGACAACGGCUGUAUCGCCCGAUUUUGACUAUCCUCAAAUUGUUUACAUUAUUAAGAAAAAUAAUGAACUACAGUUUUUUCAUUUACUUUCGAAAAAAAAUUUUUUUUCGAUUUUCUACGAUCAUGUAAUGAAAUGCUGGGCUGACCGUGGAGUACAAGCAUGUUACGAAAGAAGUAAUGAAUAUCAGUUGAUAGAUUGUGCAAAAUAUUUUCUGGAUAAAGUAACCGAUAUUCGGCAAAAUGAUUACAAUCCUUCUGAGCAGGAUAUAUUACGCUGUCGUGUGAUGACUACAGGGAUUUUCGAGACGAAGUUUGAGGUAGAAAAGGUGCGAUUCCACAUGUUUGACGUUGGCGGACAACGAGACGAACGCCGUAAAUGGAUUCAGUGCUUUAACGAUGUAACUGCGAUAAUUUUCGUAUGUGCAUGUUCAUCAUACAAUUUAGUAUUAUGGGAGGAUGCAACACAGAAUCGUUUAAAAGAAUCUCUCGCACUAUUUAAAAAUAUUUGGAAUAAUCGUUGGCUCAAGACAAUAUCUGUCAUACUUUUUUUAAAUAAACAAGAUUUAUUAUCGGAAAAAAUAAAAUCAAGACGACAUCCGUUAGAAUCGUAUUUUCCGGAAUUCGCCAAUUACCAGCUACCUAGUGAUGCAUCUUACGAUCCAUCUGAUGAUAUAAAUGUUGUUAGAGCCAAAUACUUUAUUAGAGGCGAAUUUUUAAGAAUCUCAACGGCAGCUGGUGAUGGACGCCACCAUUGUUAUCCACAUUUUACAUGCGCAGUUGAUACGGAAAAUAUUCGCCGGGUGUUCAACGACUGUAGGGAUAUUAUACAACGUAUCCACUUACGGCAGUACGAGCUUUUGUAG